UUGAAAGUAACAACAGUACGACAGCAGCUACGAAUAACAUCAUUGUGAUGGUGAUCGAUGGAUUGCGUUCAGACAUGAUCUCAUCGCCUAAGUACUCUGAGAAUUGGCCGAUGCUGAAAAAGAUUAUGCAACAGGGGAUUGUGGAGUGUUCCACAACAACACUGUCAUAUCCUACUGUCACUGGACCACGACUGAAGACUAUGGCUACGGGCCGCCUGUCAGCAUUCCUUGACGCCAUCGAGAACACUAAAUCGUCAGUUGUGACGCAGGAUUCGUGGGUUCAACGCCUUUUCGACAGACGCAAGCGUUUGGAGCUCUAUGGGGAUAACACAUGGCUCAAAUUAUUUCCAUACGCGUUCACCCGAGCCGAUGGCCUGUCAUCCUUUUUUAUAACGGACUUUUACGAGGUUGAUUCAAGUGUGACCAGACACAUUGACGACCGUAUUCCAGCUGUCACUGAAUGGGAUGCAAUGGUGUUACAUUAUCUCGGCCUGGACCACAUUGGACACGUCGAGGGCACCCGAGGAGCCAACGUGGCCCCUAAGCUGCGCGAAAUGGACGGUGUUGUGUGGAAAGUCUAUCAGCACUUGGUCAGUUCUUUUAUAUACGUCGUUUUUGAGUUAGAGAAGCCGUGCCGCGUCUCUUUUGCUUGA